CGGUGAGGAGUCGCACGGGAGAGAGAGCCGGGAGGAGGGCAGCAGUACUGGCAGAGGGGAGAGCGGCGCAGUCAGAGAGGAGACUGCAGCACUGCGGGGUGUAAUGACAGGCGCGCUGGCUGCACACAGCACACGACUGCUGCCAUAAGAGCGCCAUUUUAAUUCAUUGGGGGCAUCUGCUUGCGCGUCCUCUAGUGCCACAGUGCAGGCAGCGGGGUAUGUGCGUCCGGCCAGAGCUGCAGGUCUCUCCCUGCGGUCUUCAGGGGGCGGGGAGGGGGAAUCUUUUCUGUUGCCAAGAAGAGCGGAGUGUGCAAAUGUAAAUAAGCCUCUUCCUCCUCCUCCGCUGCUGGAAGAUGAUGAUGAGGAGGAGUCCCAGGGUCCCCACCAAGACUUUGUAGGCACCGAGGAAGAGCCGUGCCUUCCAGCCACCCAUGCACCCCGGGGAGAUCCCUGGUGGCCAACUUGUAGCCCGGCACGGAUAACGCACCGGGGCGUGGAGAGCACUACCGCAUUGAUCCGCGGAUACAAUGUUGCCAUGCUGAUGCAUGUCCCCCGCCGCUCUGCCCGAUCUCUGAUCGCAGGCUAGUCCUCCCCACAGGGACAUGCAGGAGGGUGGCCGCGGCACAGGAGCCCCGCACGCAUUGCCAUUGAUUGGCAGCAGAGACUGAAGGCUUUGGAUAUUUGGCUAAGGAGGCAUCAAAGCAUGGGCUGUGCUCCAAGCAUCCACAUCUCUGACAGCAGGGUGGUGUAUCACAGCGGCAAAGAGUCAGACGACUCCAACUCUCCCCAUCAGACCAACACUGUACUGUCUGGGCAAAGCAACUCCGUCCCUGGAUUAUUCAUUAAAUCCUCCAACACAUCCACUUAUAAGGUGAGGGCUAAUUCCUUUAAGAAAGACAGGAGGGAGAACAGCCUGAGCAUGGAGGCAGAGAUCCCCCGCAGCAGAUCCAGUGUGAAGGCAGCUGUAACAGAGGUGCAGUUUGGUCCGAUGAGACUCCACCAAGAUCAACUUCAGGUACUUUUAGUAUUUGCCAAAGAAGAUAGCCAGAGUAAUGGAUUCUGUUGUGCAUGUGAGAAAGCGGGCUUUAAGUCUAACAUUGCCAAGACGCCAGAAUCUGCUUUGGAAAGCUUUUUAGAUAAACGUCAUGAAAUUAUCAUUAUCGAUCAUCGACAGUCGCGGUGUUUUGAUGCAGAAGCUCUAUGCAGGUCCAUCAGAGCUACCAAACCUUCAGAAAACUCUGUCAUCAUUGCUGUCGUUAGAAAACAAAGUGAUCGAGAUGAAACGUCGAUAAUGCCUCUAAUAUCUGCAGGAUUUACCAGGAGAUAUGUGGAGAACCCCAAUGUCAUGGCCUGUUACAAUGAGCUUAUUCAGUUAGAAUAUGGAGAAGUGCGUGCACAAUUUAAAUUAAGGGCUUGUAAUUCACUAUUUACUACGUUAGAGAAGAGUCAAGAAGCCAUUGAAAUCACUAAUGAAGAUCACAAAAUACAGUAUGUGAAUCCUGCGUUUGAAAGUAUGAUGGGUUAUCAAAAGGAUGAACUAUACGGAAAAGAAUUAAUUGAAGUGCCUAAUAAUGAAAAGAAAUCUGAUUUCUUAGAUUCUAUUAAUUCUUGCAUUAAAACUGGAAAGGAAUGGGAAGGUGUUUACUAUGCCAAAAACAAAAACGGUGAUAAUAUCCAGCAAAAUGUGAAGAUAAUUCCUGUUUUUGGACAUCGAGGUAAGAUCAGACACUAUGUGUCUAUUAGCCGGCCAUGUAAUGACAACAAUAAGGUAGAAAAACAGUGUGAACGAGUUCAGGCCGAGUCUCAAACAGAUAUCCAGAGCUGCAGACACAAGGACAGGCGGAAAGGUUCCUUAGAUGUCAGGUCAACCACCUCCCGAGGAAGUGAUGGUAGUUCACAAAGGCGGCAUUCUUCAAUGGCCAGAAUACAUUCAAUGACUAUUGAAGCCCCUAUUACAAAGGUAAUAAACAUCAUCAAUGCUGCACAAGAAAACAGCCCUAUGCCAGUAGCAGAAGCUCUGGACCGAGUUCUGGAGAUCUUAAGAACUACAGAAUUGUAUUCUCCGCAGCUCGGAACCAAAGAUGAGGAUCCUCACACCAGUGAUUUGGUUGGAGGUUUGAUGACUGAUGGUUUAAGAAGACUUUCAGGGAACGAGUAUAUCCUCUCGGCAAAACAAGUCCAUCCGUCUUCUGGGCACUUGAUCUCAUCUCUCUCCCUUACUGACAUCCCACCUCGGAUAGCUCAAGCAAUGGAGAAUGAAGAAGACUGGGAAUUUGAUAUCUUUGAAUUAGAGGCUGCCACUCAUAAAAGGCCUUUAGUUUACCUUGGCCUUAAACUGUUUGCUCGGUUUGGGGUUUGUUCAUUCCUGAACUGCUCAGAAGUUACUUUGAGGUCCUGGCUGCAUGUCAUUGAGUCAAACUACCACGCCGGCAAUGCAUACCAUAAUUCAACCCAUUCUGCCGACGUCUUACAUGCCACUGCUUACUUCCUGUGCAAAGAGAGGGUGAAGCAAAGCCUGGACCAGAUCGAUGAGGUUGCUGCUCUUAUUGCGGCCACGGUUCACGAUGUCGAUCACCCUGGAAGAACAAAUUCCUUCCUGUGCAAUGCUGGGAGUGAACUGGCCAUCCUAUACAAUGAUACGGCAGUGCUGGAAAGCCAUCAUGCUGCACUGGCAUUUCAGGUGACGACAAGAGAUGACAAGUGCAAUAUAUUCAAAAACAUGGAAAGAAACGAAUACCGCACUUUGCGGCAAGCGAUUAUCGACAUGGUUUUGGCAACAGAAAUGACAAAGCACUUUGAGCAUGUCAACAAGUUUGUCAACAGCAUCAAUAAGCCAUUAGCUGCACUAGAGGAGAAUGGGGGAAACAUCAGUGAUGAUGAGUCUGUCAAAAACAUUCUGACAUCUCCAGAAAAUCGAAUACUAAUAAAGAGGAUGCUUAUCAAGUGUGCAGACAUCUCCAAUCCAUGCCGAGCACUAGAGCAAUGCAUUGAGUGGGCUGGCAGGAUAUCAGAAGAGUAUUUUGCACAGACAGAUGAAGAGAAGCGGCAGGGGUUGCCUGUGGUAAUGCCCGUGUUUGACAGGAAUACGUGCAGUAUUCCUAAAUCUCAGAUCUCAUUUGUGGAUUAUUUUAUCACCGACAUGUUUGAUGCAUGGGAUGCAUUUGCUGACUUGCCGAAUUUAAUGCAACAUAUGGAUAACAAUUUCAAAUAUUGGAAAUCACUAGAUGAAAGACAGCUGAAAACUCUGCGACCGCCCCCCGAAUAGCAUAUUCUAGCACCCACUACCACCUCUCAGCCAAUGAAGCCCUCCCUCACAAGGGGUCCAAUUAGUUUUGGUUUACUCAUCGUUGCCAGAACCUGCUUCUUCAUCCUACAGGAUGUUCAUGUAACAAGGAUUGUCAGGUCAAUAGAUACCUCCAGUACCUGCAGUAAACUUCGAUAUAAAAAUAUCUUAAAAAAAAAAAAAAGGCCUUUUGCAUUAACUUAUCUCACAAGUUAAAUUACACUGGAUUGCUGCAAUAUAUGUACUGACGGGUUCUACACAAAAUAUCAGUUAAUUUUCUUCAUACCUGUAUGAAAAACCUUGAAGAUUCCUUGGAUAAAAGUUUUUUCUUCAAGAGAUUUGUUCAGAAAAACAAAUGGACUCAAACCUGCAAGUGAAGGAAAAUCAUCUUUGGUGUCUCGUGGAUUUUAAGAGAACACUCUGCUUUUUUUUUAAAGCACUUAUAGUUGUAACAAUCAACACAUUAAAUGCACUCUUUAUGAAGGAGUUUUUGAUCUCUGAAAAAUAGAUCUACUCUAUUUUUUAAUAUCACAGAAGGGGCAAUCAUUCACCUCUGCACACUACUGAUAGGGAGCUUUCUCAAGGCUGUUUAGUAGCAAAUUGUAUAAAAUACACAGAACUUGAUCAUUAGCAUCUAUGAUUAAAAUAUGUUUUAUUUAUUUUAUUAGAUGUUCAAUAUUUUCUAUGAAUUUAUAAAAAUAAAAGACAAAAAACAAAACAAAAAGCCAAAGCCAACUCUAGAUGCAUUACAGAUUCUCACGAUUCCUAGUCAUUACCAUUAUUAGAUUUUAAGCCUUUCUUUUCAUAAUCUAAAUCCAUGAAUAUUAUCAAGUCCCAUAGUUGUUUUGCACUGUACGACUCACGUGGAUGGUAAAGUUUUGAUUUACGUUGAUUUUCUUUUUCCUUUUCUUGAUCAUGAUGAUGCAGAGGAUUCUGUUGCUUUGGAUUUCGUGCCACAGGAGGGACAUUUUAGACUAUUUAAUUUGGUGAUGGCCCUGUUUCACACAUCAGUUGAUUUUACCCUGUGAUGCCAGUGGGCGCCAGGAGUUGCUAUGCAAUGUGUUGGCAGGUCCACUGGCUCUUCAGGGAAAGGACAGUUCACGCUCUCCUCUCCCUCACUUUCGCAGUUUGGUUCCCUAUCAGGAGUCUGCCUUAUUUUCUACAAUAUUUCUACAAUGCAUUCCACAGCAAAGAUGGAGGGAGAGUAAAAUAUAUUUAAACAUUUUAUAGCUUCUCUAUUUUUUAUUUUUUUUUGCAAGGGCAUUCCUUUACUCCAGUUUGGUAAGGUAUGUACCUUCACAAAAUAAAUAAGACAUUCACAAUAAGCACCAGUUACAAUAAAAUGUAUAUUUUAUGAA